CCCUCAGCGAAGAAACCUCCAAUCGGCCGCCUUGGACUCAGCGGUUACCCGCGCUGCCUCCGGUGCCGAUGGCGACCGCUGAGACGCUUCCCGCGCGUCGCCUAGCCCGCCCCUCAGCUCGCCGCAGCCCCGGCUCCUCCCUCGUCCGGCCCCCGGGGCGGGGUCUGUCAGCUUGCCCUCCCCUCUCCGCCUCAGCCUGCCCUACGCCAGCCGGGUCCCCUCCCCACAGCACCACGGCUUCUCUUCCUCAGCACGGCGACAGGGGCUUCCCCUUCGCCGCCGCCGCCGCCGCCGGCCAAGCUCCGCCGCGCCCGCGGCCCGCGGCCGCCAUGCAGUUUAUGUUGCUUUUUAGUCGUCAGGGAAAGCUUCGACUGCAAAAAUGGUAUGUCCCACUAUCAGACAAAGAGAAGAAAAAGAUCACAAGAGAACUUGUUCAGACCGUUUUAGCACGGAAACCUAAAAUGUGCAGCUUCCUUGAGUGGCGAGAUCUGAAGAUUGUUUACAAAAGAUACGCUAGUCUGUAUUUUUGCUGUGCUAUUGAGGAUCAGGACAAUGAACUAAUUACCCUGGAAAUAAUUCAUCGUUAUGUGGAAUUACUUGACAAGUAUUUUGGCAGUGUCUGUGAACUAGAUAUCAUCUUUAAUUUUGAGAAGGCUUAUUUUAUUUUGGAUGAGUUUCUUUUGGGAGGGGAAGUUCAGGAAACAUCCAAGAAAAAUGUCCUUAAAGCAAUUGAGCAGGCCGAUCUACUGCAGGAGAGCCAGAAUGAAGAAUGGGGAGGUUUGUCUGAGGAUAUCUUAUGAUAAAGAGCAGUCUAAGGCUUUAGUCCUUUUGAUCCCCAACUUAUUUAUUGGUAACUACUAAAUUUACCAUUUUUGUGGCAUGGAUAAAAUGGAGUGCUAUGCAAAUACUGUUGCACGUGAGAUGAUUUCUAAGUCCUUGCUUGAUCCGUGAAGAUCAAAUAGUUAAAUACUGGGCAUUUGGGCUUUAACCCUUAGCGGUUGAUGCAUGAUGGUGUUGAUUACUGCUUUGAGAUGUGUCAACCUUUCUUUUUUAUACUAACAGCAUCAUUUUGAAAUUUGUGGUGUUUUUUUUCUUUUGAGCUUUGUUUGCUGUUGGUAUUUUUUCUCACUAAAGUAAUCUGUGAAAUGCAAAAUAAGUGAGGUACCAAAAGCAAGCAUAAUACUCAUGAAUUUGCUUUUACUUUGAGAUGAUCCACUUUAUGAAUAGAUUUACUGGAUUUGCAGUUGUUUAUCUGCCUCAUCUAGAAAGUGGUACUCUACGGAGGAUUAGCGCUGCUAAAAUUGAUUUGUUUUAGUGCUGGGGCUGCAUGAUAUAUCUUAGUACUAUGCUAUAUUUUUGUGAAAGUAAUAAUCUGUGGGACUGCAUACAAAUGGAAAGGUAAGAAUCUUAGGAGAAAAGUGGUUUCUUUUAAAAAAAUGAAGCUUUUGUAACUUAAAAUUAUUUUAAUAAGUACUUUUUGAAGUAUUGAAUAACAUAUCUUUUAAUAUGAAGUUUUGGACUUUUUAAAGGUCAGCUCUUGAUAUAAUUAAGAAUAUUUGGGCUGAGCACGGUGGCCCAAGCUUGUAAUCCCAGCACUUUGGGAGGCCGGGGCAGUUGGAUUGCUUGAGCCCAGAAGUUCGAGACCAGCCUGGGCAGUGUGGUGAAACCCCGUCCUUACAAAAAGUGAAAAAAAAGACUAGCUGGGCAUGGUGGUGUGUGUCUGUAGUCCAAGCUAAUUGGGAUGCUGAGGUGAGAGGAUUGAUUGAGCCCUGGAGGUCCAGGCUGUAGUGAGCCAUGAUCAUGCUACUAUAUACCAGCCUGGGUGGCCACAGAACGAAACUUUGCCGAAAGGAAGGAAGGAAGGAAGGAGGGAGGGAGGGAGGGAGGGAGGGAAAACAGAAAAAAGAAAGAAUAUUUGGGCAUGCUAGUCAAACUUGAGAAUAUCUUAAAUUGUUUUAAAAAAAGAGAUGCUUCCAAAUAUAUACAAUAAUGUCAUUUAACAGCAAAAAGCAUUUUGAUAUAAAUCCUCUUAGAUUUGCUUAAAUAAGACAAACUCGUGUAACUCCUUUGUAAUUACUACUGUUCAUGUUAAAACCUUCAAGCCUCUUUCUUUUAAAGUUAACAAGACUAUAGUCUUUUAUUGCCAGCAUACUUUAGUUUUUUUAUAGGUAAACUUAAUCAGGGUUUAUUAUAACAAAUUCUGGACAAAUGAAGUUUGAUUACAUUAAUGCUUGAAAUGGAAGUGCUUGAAAGGAAGGGCAGAAAGCAGGACAAAUGUUGCCUUUCAUUUUACAUUUAAUAAGAAACAAUUUGGCCAGGCAUGGUGGCUCACGCCUGUAAUCCCAGCACUUUGGAAGGCUGAGGCAAGCGGAUCACUUGAGGCCAGGAGUUCAAGACCAACCUGGCCAACAUGGUAAAACCCCAUCUCUACAAAAAAUACAAAAAUUAGCUGGGCGUGGUGGUGCACACCUGUAGUCCCAGAUUACCUGGGGGGCGGAGGCACAAGAAUGGCUUGAACCCAGGAAGCGGAGGCUGCAGUGAUCCAAAAUCGGGCCACUGCACUCCAGCCUGGGCGACAGAGUGAGACUCUGUCUCAAAAAUAAAUAAAUAAAUAAAUAAAUAAUUUGGCCAGUGUCCUUACUCACUGGUUCUCAGGUUGUAGUCAUUUUGCUUUAUGUGUUUUUGAGCCUUUUUUCUUUUCAUACUUUUCAAAAUUUUGAGGAUUUUCCGCUUGCUAUUUCUAUUCUACUUUUCUUUUCUUAAAUGCCGAUCCUGACCUAGUAAUUUGAUUUCAUGAGCCCUAGGGUUGGAACCUGCACAGGGACCUGCAAAGAGAAUAGUCUGUGGUGUUGGUAGUGAUUUUUUUUUUUAAUUAAAAAAUACUUUCUGAAAAAUUUCACGUUUGAGUCCUUUUUUCACCUACUGACAUUUUCUUUUGUUUCCUCUGAUGCCUUUUUUUAAAAAUAAAAAUUCCCAUUCUGGAAAAAUUAGCAAAUACAGGCAAACACACUGGAAUAUAAUCUUACCCACCAACUAGAGCCAAUUAGAUUAACUCAGUGGUUCCCAUGGAGUGGGAGUGGUGCAGUUGUGCCCCUCUAGGGGACAUUGGGUAAUGUUUGGACACAUUUUUGGUUGUCACAAUUGGGGGUGCAGUGCUACCGGCAUCCAGUAGGUGAAGACCAAGGAUGCUGCAGAGAAUUCUGCAGUGCACAGGACAGCCCCCUUAGAACGCGGAAUUAUCUGGCCUCAAAUGUCAGUUGUGCCCAGGUUAAGAAGCCUUGGUUUAAUUUAACACUAUGGAGUAAAGAUUCCAUUUACAUUUAUAGACUGCUAUAUCUUUUCAAUAUUAUAUGUAGACCACAGUAUAAAUAAGUGGCUAAAAAUUAAUCAAAAAUGCAAAAAAUCAAGAAAGGAUAAAUGUGCUUAAGAACAUACAAAUAGCUAUAAAAAUCAUUCCUAGGCCAGGCGCGGUGGCUCACGCCUGUAAUCCCAGCACUUUGGGAGGCCGAGGUGGGUGGAUCACAAGGUCAGGAGAUCGAGACCAACCUGGACAACAUGGUGAAACCCUGUCUCUACUAAAAAUACAAAAAUUAGCUGGGCGUGGUGGUGCGUGCCUGUAAUCGCAGCUACUUGGGAGGCUGAGGCAGGAGAAUCACUUGAACCAGGGAGUUGGAGGUUGCAGUGAAGCGAGAUAACGCCACUGCACUCCAGCCUGGUGACAAAGUAAGACUCCGUCUCAAAAAAAAAAAAAAAAGUCAUCCCUAUGAUUCACCAAAAUUACCUCUACAUAAUGACCAGUUACUGGAGAGAUAAUCUAUGGUUGACUUUAGAAUCCAACCUACAGCAAGGCUUGUAGGAUGUCACUAUAUAAUUUAAUUUCCUCAACAACAGCCAAAUCUGUUAACUUCUAUUAAGGUACUUGAGUUUUUAUGUGGAAACUGAAUUGAGUAUACCCUGCAGACAGAACACCUUUGAAUUUUCUGCCAAUCUCCCCAGCCACUUUAGGGAUUUGUUAAUUUCUUAAAGGAGGAAUAGUUCAAAUGACCAGAAUUUACAUAUAUAGACUUUUGUCGCAUAUAUAGACUUUUUGUUGUUGUUGUUCUCUGGCAUCCUGUUAGCCUUAAAGGUUUUACUUAGUGAAGAUAUUUAGGAGCAUUUGAGUAUUUGAAAUUCUGUGAUUCCAAGAAAUCUUUUACCUUUGAAAAACCCUGAUUAAAUUUAGGGUAUUCCAAGGCAAAUACAAUACAGCAUGUCCUAAAACAUGCUUAAAAUAUUUCUUUGCAAUCUAAAAUUAUAUUUGCUAGCUGGGCACAGUGGCACACUUCUAUAAUCCCGGCUACUUGGAAGGCUGAAGUGGAAGGAUCCCUUGAGCUCAGAAGUUUGAGACCAGCCUGGGCAACACAGUGAGACCCCUCACUCUUAAACAAAUUAUAUUUGCUAAGUUAAUUAUUCUGCUUUUUUUUGUUUGUAUAUUUGUUUUGAGACAGGGUCUCACUCUGUCACCCAGGCUGGAAUGCAGUAGCACCACCAUGGCUCACUUGCAGCCUUGAACUCCUGGGCUCAAGUGAUCCUCCCACCUCAGCCUCCCGAGUAGCUGGGAUUACAGGUGCACACCACCAUGCCCAGGUAAUUUUUUAAAAAUUUUCAGUAGAAAUGGGGUCUCGCCAUGUUGUCAGGGCUGGUCUUGAACUCCGAGGCUCAUGCAGUCCUCCCACCUUGGCCUCCCAAAGUGCUGGGAUUACAGGCGUGAGCCACUGCACCUGGCCUCUGCUUUUUUAUUUUAAAAGCACAACUAACUGGUAGAUAAAGUGAUUUAUCUUUAGUAUUUGAUAACUAAUGGGUUUUAGAGUGUUGUUUAUAAGAUGUAGUAAAUUAUCCUCAUCAUUAUUUUUAAGACAAAUUUAUAAGACAAGUGUAAUAGAAAUAGAUCAACAGCACAAUAGAAAAAGAUGGCAGAAAACAUGAAUACGUAAUUCACAGAUGAAAGCAAAACAAAUGGUCCUUUUAUUAAGGGAAUGCAAAGUUAAAAAUCAACUAGACCCUUUUUUGUUUGUUUGUUUCUUCUUGGAUUGGCAAAGAGGAGCACUUAAAAGCUGUAUUUUGUUUUGGAGGAUUAGUUUGGUUAUGUCUACUAAUGACUAAAUGUGUACAUACAUUUUGACCCAUUAGUUACACUUCAAAGAAUUUUAUCCAACAAAAAUGUACUGAGACACAUUGCUUAGUAAAAUAAGCCAUUGAAGCUUACCCAAAUAUUCAUCAAUGAGAAAUAGGUUAAGAAAAUUAUAGUACAACCAUACAUGAAACUGAUGUAGCUGUAAAAGAAAUGAGAUCGAUUUUUUUUUUGUAAUGAUAUGGAAGGAUACUCAAAGUAUAUCAAGUGAGAAAAGAUCUAGGAACAGGAUAUUAUUGUUAUUAUUAUUUUAUUUUUUGUAGGGACAGGGUCUCACCAUGUUGCCCAGGCUUAGGAGCAAGAUAUUAGCUAACUCGUGUUACUUCUGAAAAUCUUUGAAGCUCCCCCUGCUCUUUUUUCCAGAAGUGUAAAAACAAGCAUGUAUUUAGUAUUACACAUUUUUAAAAAAUGAAAAAAUGCUGCUGUGUGAAUGAAAGAGUAUACAUCGUGUUGCUCCAGAUGGUAAAACUAGAGUAGAAUUUACUAAAAUAAAGUUUCAGCACGUAAAGUAAAGCACUUCUCUGCUCUUGGCCAUUUUAGACACUAACCAUCUGGAGCAACCAUGUAACUCUUGCCACUCAUAGCUAACUUAAUGUAAAAAAAAAAAAAAAAAAAAUCACUUGACUUUCUUAGCACUUCACAAAUGCUUGUAAGACUGACACCAGGAGCCCUGUCAUCUAAAAGGCACCUUAUAGAGUGCUUUCAAUUCUUCUGUUUUUUCAUUCAUUGCUCAAAAUAGAUCGUAGUGAGAUAAGAUAGUCUCUGGCCUUCUUGGUCUUUGGCACAAGGAAGAGGGUUCCAGAGUUGAUAGUAAGGACUUUGCAUCCUUUGCCAUAGAAUUUGAUUAGGGGCCAUAAAAAGGACCAUUGUGUUCUAGAAUGUGAAGGACUAAGCAUACCACUUUAUAGUGCAAGGAAUAAGUGAAGAAGUCCUUUUAUAAGAAAAACUGCAGUAGAGCAAUAACUUGAAAUUACACUUAUUUAUAUUUACUUUUCAUUAAAUGUAAAUUAUUUUCUUUUACCACAUUGUACUACUAGAAAGAGAAUCAGGAGUUUAGGCAUUCAGUCAUAGAUAUUCGAUACCAUUGAUUUACUUAAGCACUUCUCAUGUGAACAAGACUUAAGCCUGCAGAUAAUUCCUAUUUUAUCAGUGUUCGUUAUAGCUUCCCUGUUGGUUUUACUUGUGAGUCAUAAGCCUAGUAUGAUGAUUAUCUAGGAAAUUUCACGGUAACAGGGCUUGUCUUAGGUUUUGAGAACAGGUGUAACUUGACUUCUCUCUGCUGUUUGUCAUCCUACACUUCCCACUACAUCUGGUCCUUUUUGUAGGGUGUUGAGAACAACAUUUUUCUUCAUGCAGGGGAAAGUGGAAGUGCAUGUUUUCUAAGAAGGACAAAUAGGAAUAGAAUAAAAGAAAAAGUAUAUUGGGGCUGGGCAUAGUGGUUCAUUAUGUAAUCCCAGCACUUUGGGAGGCUGAGGCGGGUGGAUCAUGAGGUCAGGAGUUCGAGACCAGCCUGGCCAAGAUGGUGAAACCACAUCUCUACUAAAAAAAAAAAAAUACAAAAAUUAGCCAGGCACAGUGGUGGGUGCCUGUAAUCCCAGCUACUCAGGAAGCUGAGGCAGGAGAAUCGCUUGAACCCAUGAGGUGGAGGUUGCAGUGAGCUGAGAUCAUGCCACUGCCUUCUAGCCUGGGCGACAGAGCAAGACUGUGUCUCCACAAAAAAAAAAAAAAAAUAUAUAUAUAUAUAUAUAUAUAUAUAUAUAGGAAGGGAGAAUGGGAAUGGAAUCAAAAACAUUGGUCUCGGAUGAGAAGAGUCUUUCUCAUUGGUUAUGUGGUAAUAAUGGGGUAAAGCUGUAGCCUUUUUUUUUCUUUAAUUCAUGAGUAAGAUGAGCAAAAUUGAGGAAGUGUCAUUUUCUUAGCCUUGAGAAAUGACAUCAUCUAAAGGAGAAUCGUUGGGACUGGGGAGAAGGGGAGGGGUGUAUAGCUUGAGGACAGUGUGAGGAGUUGGCAGUAGACUUGGUGGGGAGCAAAUUAGUGAGGAGCAAAAAAGAUUUCCUGGGAUUGAAAGCCCGUUUCAGGUUGAAAUAAUACAUUGUCAUCCUUAUUCAAAGAAUAGGUCUCCAGAGAACCUGUACUAAGGACAAUACGUGGUUUAUAGUUGUACAAUACAACUGGAUUAAAAAAUUUUUUGUUUUCAUUCUGACCUUUAUUCCCACUUAAUUGAAAUCACUGGGGUUUUAGUGUUUUAAGAAACGGAUAGUUUGCUGAGUAUUAUAUGUGACUAUUUCCUACGGGUGCCCAGGGGAAGAACAAGAUAGUAGGCCUAGGCCUGCACAGGGUCCCUUGUGUGCUAUGACAGACUUUACUCUCACCCUCCCUAAUUCCUAAUUGAUAUAAUUUUUAUGUGACUCACAAGAGGUACUGGUGGUAAGAGGUAUAAACUGGAAUUUAUAAUUGAAUCUACUUUCUUUGUAUCUGAAAGAAAAAUAUUUUGGUUAAUUAUGGGCAUAUAAUUUAGCUAAAAAAUUACCUUAAAUGUUAAGUGGUCCUUAAGGCAUUUAUAACAGAACUUUUUCAGACCCUAGAAGUCUAAACUGGGAAAUUAUUUAAAACGUUAUUAAAGCAAUUUAAAAUGGUAAAAAUAAUACAUUUAUUUUUGUGCAUUUUAGAGUUUCUUUUCUUCUUGAAGGAUGUUUUUCCAGUGAAGAGGGGUUUCUCCCUAUGAAGAGUAUUCUCACAUUUAAUAGAUG